UUUUUCUCCAAUUGUCAAAGGAAGAGACUGCGAUGGUGUCAUUCAACUGCGACGGGUGCGGCGACGUGGUCAAGAAGCCAAAGUUGGACCAGCACUUCCAGCGCUGCUGGGCGGCUGUGACGUGCCUGGACUGCUCGACGCAGUUUGCGGACCCUUCACAGUGGAAGUCGCACACGACAUGCGUCAGCGAGGCGGAGAAGUACGAGCGCAGCGUCUACCGGGGUGGACCCAAUGGGAAAAAGGGCAAGGGAAAGGGGCAGGGCCAUGGAAACUCGACUGCUCAGAAUGGCCACACGCAGCACCAGCAACAGCAGCAUGGUGACAAUAGGGUAAAGCCUGCGGACGGCGCCGCGCCGCAAGAUAAGGACGUGGUUAAACAGAGUCGAAGCGAUGAGAAGCAAGACGCAUCUGCAAGCAAUGGUGCAACAGCAACAGGUGCUGUGAGCGGCUCUGAAGUCAAGACCGAGAAUGAGACGAGCGGAAAGAAGGAGAAGUUAGAAAAGAAAGAGAAGAAGGAGAAGAAGGACAAGGAAGAGAAGAAGGACAAGAAAGAGAAGAAGGAGAAGAAGGAGAAGAAGAAGAAAGGCGAGGCAACUGGCUCGCAUGAAGCCAAGUUGGAGAGCUCAACUAGUGUCAGCACUGGCGAGAAGAAAGAGGGGCUGGCGGAGGCUGUUGAAAGCGACAAGAAAGACAAGAAACGCAAGCGCACUCCUGAUGGCGCUUCAGCAGAGGCUGAUAUAAAGGUCAAGGACGGCAAGAAAAGCAAGAAGGAUAUGACGGCCGAAGAGAAGGCUGAGCGCAAGCGCGCCAAGAAGGAGAAGAAAGCGAAGGAGUGAGCGAGCCAGCCCAUGACGAGCCAAAUGGCCAGACUGCAUCAACUGUACCAAUACUACACUGCACUGCUACACAAUAUUAUCUUUGAUGACUGCCAA